GGAGAGUGGAGCAUAAUCUUUCCUUUGUUCCCCUUGUUACUAAUUUACAAAGAAAAGAGUAAAAACUCAAAUAAGAAGAGCAGCCAGAAUCUUGCCCCUUUCCCGUGUUGUUACUUCAAUGGAUUAUGAUUCUUCAACCUCUUCUUUCCCUCUUCGCCACAAAAAAUUCUCCCUCCAUAUAAAGGAAAUUAAAACUGAUAUAGUCAUUUCUAGCCAUGAUGAUCAAAUUAUGGUUAUCGCUACUCAGAUUGGGACUAUGGGGACCAUAAUGCACGCAAGGAAGGAAGAAGGGAUGCUAAAUAGUCCUACCUUCAAUGUAUCUGUGAUAUUUGGUAAACGAGAUGAGCCAAUGCUACUAGCAUGUGCUCGCCAGCUUAUUGAACAUAUAAGUAAUUCUGGCUCUUCAAAACCGUUGACACUCUCACUUGGACUCAAAGACCAUUCUAUGGAAACUCUUAAAGGAAUUGUUUCCGCUGUGAUUGAGAACCGAUUGUGGUAGAUGAUACUUGCUUCUAACAAACAAUUUAAGGAUGCUCAGGAUUGAUCUCUGUCGAUAUACAUGGACCACAUAUCACUGGGAAGAUGGUUGGUGAAAUAAUAGAGUAAUCUGGGGUUUUCUUGGUUAAGUGGAAAUGAUUGUGUAAUUCAAUAUUGCAAUGUUUAAAGCAACUCACUCGGAUACAGAAACUAUUGGCUGAAUUCUUGCAAUUGAAUGCACUGAUCUGAUGGCUCUUUCAGCA